AUGUUUCGUGCAUUUCCUCGAGUAUAUGCUAAUACCAACAUUAGCAUUAAUUUAAGUAAUAAUUUAUUAUCAAGCAGAAAUGUUAUAAGGAAUGUUCUGUUUCGCAGUAUUAGUCAUGUAGGAAAUAUCGGUCUUGGAAAAACUUCGAGAAAAAUGAACUUUAAUGAGAAACGUAAACUGUUGGUUAAUGUUCUCAAAAGGAACUUUACAGAGUCACCAGAUCCAGAAGUUACCAUUCCUUCAAAACCUAUAACGAUAUCGAUAGAAUCUCAUAAAUUGUUAAUAAAUUGGCAAGACAAUCAGACAAGUAAAUUUCAUAAUAUUUGGUUAAGAGAUCAUUGUAAAUGCGAAAACUGUUAUCAUCAUAAGACGAAACAACGGCUUGUGGACACAUUCAAAAUCCCAGAGGAUAUUAAACCGUUAUCAGCUUCACCGGGAUUAAAUGGAAUAGAGAUUACCUCAUUGUGGGAUGCAAGGAUUGAAGAUUGCCCACCGACUGUUCAAUACGAAGAUGUGAUGCAAACGAAAGAAGGUCUAUCAAACUGGUUAAAGAAAAUUGAUAAGUAUGGAUUUUGUUUUGUCGAUGGAGUACCACCUAAAGUUAAGGAAACUGAAGAAUUGGCAAAAAGAAUUUGUUUUAUAAGAGAAUCUCAUUAUGGUGGCUUUUGGGAUUUCACAUCAAAUUUGGCUCAUGGAGAUACAGCAUAUACUACAUUGGCGUUAAAAGCUCAUACUGAUAAUACUUACUUUACUGAUCCAUCCGGAUUGCAGAUGUUUCAUUUAAUCGAGUUCGAAGGAAAAGGAGGGUCGUCAUUAUUAAUUGACGGUUUCUCAAUAGCUCGUAAAUUAAAAAUGAAAUAUCCGGAAGCAUACAAAGUGUUAUCCACAAUUCGCAUCCCAACACAUUCCGCGGGAGAUUCAGAUGUACUAAUUCAACCAACACCAUUAGCAUAUCCUAUAUUAAAUCAUAAUCCUUUAACAAAUGAAAUUUAUCAAAUUCGUUAUAAUAAUGAUGAUAGGUCGACUUUAAAUCGAUUAACAUCCGAGGAAAUCGAAUCAUUUUACGAUUCUAUAAGAAAAUGGAAUAAAAUUUUAGUUGAUAAAGAAAAUGAAUAUUGGGUGCAAUUGGAACCCGGUAGAGUAUUGAUUUUCGAUAAUUGGAGAGUAUUACAUGGUAGAGCUGGAUUUACCGGUCAUAGAAGAUUAAUUGGUGCUUAUUUAAAUUGGGAUGAUUAUAGAAGUAAAUUAAAAAUUUCCUGUUUAUCCAGACAAGAAAUUGAAGAAGCUUUAUAA